UCACAGCUCCUCCCAACAUGGCUCAGAAGCAAAUUAUCGUAUUGGCCGCCCUUGUGGUCGUCACCCUGGCCAGACCUGAUUAUGUUCCCCCCAGCCCAGUGGAUCCUCCCAGGUACGACUUCAACUACGCCGUGAAAGACUACAACGGCAACGACUUCGGUCACCAAGAAUCACGUGACGGCUACAACACUGAGGGCAACUAUUACGUUCAGCUUCCCGACGGUCGUCUCGAGAGAGUAAAUUAUUACGUCAACGGCGACUCUGGCUUCGUAGCUCAAGUUGAGUAUGAGGGCGAGGCCCAGUACCCCGCCUACCAGCCUUCACCCUCCUAUGGGCCCUCACCCUCCUACCAACCUGAACCUAGCUAUGGCUAGUCUGACGAACUGGGAUAUUUAAAAUGUUUGUCAUAUUUUAGCGUUUAGUGGAGUCAAGAUAUUACAGUAAAGAUGCCAAUAGAAAACUGUAUUAACUUCCCUCUUUGAAGCUUAGAAUUAUGUACAGUAUAAUCAUCCAACUGCAGGUACGAUUAUCAUACAACUCCUGCAGGCAAGCUCUUCUUUCUCCAUAUGGCGAAUUGAAUUGAUGCUCUGUAUUCUGAACCUUUGGCUUUGCAAUGUAAAUACAAUUAACAUUCAUACACGAAUGCUUAUAGAUGGAUUCAAAUUAAAUGAAGAAUUAUUUUU